AUGCACUCCCUCCGCCUCCGCCACGCCCGCGACGAAGACGUCCCCGCCAUGGCCGCCCUCGACGUCGCCGCCUUCCUCGACAGCCCCAUGCACAAGGCCAUGUUCCCCAAACGCCUGCGCAUCAAGCCCGGCAUCCAGGACCAGCUGGAGUGGAACAUCUUGCGGAUGCGCAGGGGCCUGGCGGAUGCGAACCUGCACCAUCUCGUCGUGCUGGCGGACGCGCCCGAGGAAGGGGAGAUUAUCGUCGGAUGCGCCGAGUGGUCGGCGCCGGCAGCGGGCGCGGGCGAGUACGAGGAGGAGGAGGGCAAGACUGCGGAGGAGAAGGCCAAGGAUAUGGAGUUGAGGCUGGCGAGGCUGCCGCCGUUUCUGGACAAGGGGGCCUUGCUGGAUGCCAAUGAUGAAGUCAUGGAGUUGAUUGAAAAGUCCAGAGAUGCGUUCAAGGGGGAGAAUAGGCAUAAUAUGUGGACCCUCAACUCCAUCUCAGUAGACGGCGACUAUCGAGGCAUCGGCAUCGGCAAGAUGAUGACGCGAUGGGGCAUGGACAGGGCAGACGAAGACAAGAAAGGCAUUUGGAUCAUCUCAUCUUCCCUGGGCCAGCAGUUGUAUAAGUCGCUGGGAUUCAAGCAGGAUUUCAGCACAUGCUAG